CUGGCAGAAGAUAGCUAAAUCAUUGCACUCUGUGACUCGAUGCCUUUACCCCUUUCUCGACGACAUAUAAGCUUUUGCCUUCCUCGUACUUGUUGGACGAUCUUGAACAGUUUUCACCGCCAUGUCUUCUCAGCCAAACUACAAAAAGGCGGAUCCUAUACUGCUGACGCUCUUCGCCAACCGGUUCAUGAGCGUCGCAGAGGCCAUGGGCCGCUCGCUGCAGCAGACUGCCAUCAGCACGAACAUCAAGGAGCGGUUGGAUUUCUCCUGUGCGCUGUUUGCCCCGGAUGGCGAUCUCGUGGCCAAUGCGCCGUUCAUCCCUAUCCAUCUGGGAUCCAUGAGCUUUGCCGUCAAGUAUCAGAUGAACCUAUACGGAAAGAACCUCAAGCCAGGCGACGUGCUAAUGACGAACUCGCCCUUUGCCGGAGGCUCCCACCUACCAGACAUCACGAUCAUCUCGCCUGUCUUCGACAUCAAGACCAACCAGAUCAUUUUCUUCACCGCUUCACGAGGGCACCAUGCCGACAUCGGCGGUAUCUUGCCCGGCUCCAUGCCGCCCACUUCGACGAAUAUCUUCGAGGAGGGUGCCAAUAUCGUCAGCUUCAAGAUCGUCAGCGAGGGCGUGUAUGACCACGAUGGGCUCGUUGAUUACAUGGUCAACAAACCCGCACAGUACCCCGGUAGCUCGGGUUGCAGAAACCUGAGGGACGUCGAGAGUGAUUUGAAGGCCCAAAUUGCCGCGAACCACAAGGGCAUCCAGCUCAUUCAAGCGAUUGUCGAUGAUUACGGCUUGGAGACCGUACAAGAAUACAUGUUCCACAUCCGCUCCAACGCCGAGAAAUCUGUGCGCAUGCUGCUUAAGGACGUCGCCAAGCGUGCCGGGUCAAACACCCUCAGCGCGGUCGAUCACCUCGACGACGGCUCUCCUAUCCAACUCAAAGUCGUGAUUAACGAACAGGAUGGCUCUGCAGUGCUCGACUUUGCGGGAACGGGCUGCGAGGUCCGGGGCAACCUCAACGCGCCCAUCUCGGUCGUGCACUCCGCGGUGAUCUACUGUAUGCGCUCGAUGCUCAACCAAGACAUCCCGCUCAACGCGGGCUGCCUCGUCCCUGUCACGGUCAAGAUUCCCCAGGGCUCGCUUCUCUCGCCGAGCCAUACGGCGGCGGUGUGUGGCGGGAAUGUAUUGACGAGCCAGCGGCUGGUCGAUGUGGUGUUGAAGGCGUUCCAUGCAUGUGCUGCUAGUCAGGGUUGCACGAACAACCUGACGUUCGGCACGGGGGGCAAAGACAAGGACGGGAACAACGUCGUCGGCUGGGGCUACUACGAGACCAUCGCAGGUGGCUCCGGUGCCGGACCCGGCUGGCACGGCACCUCGGGCGUGCACACGCACAUAACGAACACGCGCAUCGGCGACGUCGAGAUCCUCGAGCGGCGCUACCCCGUCCUCGUCCAUCAAUUCGGCCUCCGCGCGGGCUCCGGCGGAAAGGGCAAGUGGAACGGCGGCGACGGUGUCGUGCGCGAGCUCGAGUUCACCGAGGGCCUUCAGGUCUCGAUGCUCUCCGAGCGCCGCACCCGCCAGCCGUACGGCAUGGAGGGCGGCGAGCCGGGCGCGAUGGGGCGCAACACAUGGGUGAAGCAGCCGCGCAGGGAGGACGGCGACCUUCCCGAAGACUACGACGAGGCGCAUUCGCGCCCGUUGCAGCCGCGCAAGGUCAAUAUCGGCGGGAAGGCGACGGUGUGGAUGGGCAAGGGCGAUCGGCUGCUGAUCGAGACGCCGGGCGCGGGUGCAUGGGGUGCGCCGGAUCCAAGCUACGAGCACGGGGACCCGGAUCACAGCCAUGUGAAGGCGUGGGCGCCGAGGGGUAGUCUGGCAGAGAGGGAGGCAGCGCAGGCGGCGUUCUGAGUGGGGUGGAGUAAACAAGAAUUUGCAGAGUAUAUGAAUUCGGAAGUGAGACACAUGUAUUCGAAGUAAGUUGGAAUGUUUUAAACUGAUACAGAAGUAGCCUUGCAUAAAUUGAAUUGACUGCUAAUCGAAUCAAUCAGGAAUUCUGACAUGUUUUGGG